AACUGUGUUGAAUUUUCAUCCAUCGCAAUGAGCAACAGAUUCCUGGGCACCUGGAAACUCGUCUCCAGUGAGAACUUUGAUGAUUACAUGAAAGCUCUGGGUGUGGGGUUAGCCACCAGAAAACUGGGAAACUUGGCCAAACCCCGAGUGAUCAUCAGCAAGAAAGGGGAUAUUAUAACUAUAAGAACUGAAAGUACGUUUAAAAAUACAGAGAUCUCCUUUAAGUUAGGCCAAGAGUUUGAAGAAACCACAGCUGACAACAGGAAAACAAAGAGCACUGUAACCUUGUCAAGAGGCUCAUUGAAUCAAGUGCAGAAAUGGGAUGACAAAGAGACAACAAUAAAAAGAAAGUUGGUGGAUGGGAAAAUGGUAGUGGAAUGUAAAAUGAAGGGCGUGGUCUGCACCAGAAUUUAUGAGAAGGUCUGAGAAAAUCAUUUCCUCAUUGAAGUGGCAUUUGAUCAUUUGAUGUUGGAAAUCAACGGUUUUUGUUGGCAAGGCCUGACUACACUGCAAUUUGUUUGUUUUUGCUUUUGUCUUAAUAGAUCAGAGAGGUAAAGGUCUAAACUGAGGAUUAAUCUAAAAUUCAGUGUUGUUGAAACAUUUUCGAUUUGCAUGCAUUUCCUUACUGUAUUAAAGUAUGUAUACUGGCCACACCUAAAUACUUGAU